AUGCAGUCCAUGCUUACCAAGUUCGAGUCAAAAUCAUCACGAGCUAAAGGCAUCGCUUUCCAUCCUAAACGACCAUGGAUUCUUGUCUCACUCCACACCUCGACUAUUCAGCUAUGGGAUUACCGCAUGGGAACUCUGAUAGACAGAUUUGAGGAGCACGACGGUCCAGUGCGGGGAAUCGAUUUUCAUCGCACUCAGCCGCUAUUUGUUUCCGGGGGUGACGAUUACAAAAUCAAAGUUUGGUCAUACCAGACUCGCCGCUGCCUAUUUACCUUGAAUGGUCAUUUGGACUACGUUCGAACGGUCUUCUUCCACCACGAACUGCCAUGGAUCUUGUCAUCCUCGGAUGAUCAAACAAUUCGCAUAUGGAAUUGGCAGAAUCGGUCAUUGAUUUGCACCAUGACCGGUCACAAUCACUACACCAUGUGUGCCCAAUUUCACCCCAAAGAAGAUUUGGUUGUCAGUGCUUCUUUGGAUCAGAGUGUUCGGGUAUGGGACAUUUCAGGUCUACGGAAGAAACACUCGGCCCCAACUUCAAUGACUUUUGAAGACCAGAUGGCUCGUGCAAACAACAACCAAGCGGACAUGUUUGGAAAUACCGAUGCAGUAGUAAAGUUCGUCUUGGAAGGUCACGAUCGGGGUGUUAACUGGGUCUCUUUCCACCCUACGUUGCCUUUGAUUAUCUCUGCAGGUGACGAUAGAAACGUCAAGCUUUGGAGGAUGAGUGAAACCAAGGCAUGGGAAGUAGACACUUGUAGGGGACAUUUUCAAAACUCCUCAGCAUGUCUUUUCCACCCCCACCAGGACCUAAUCCUGUCAGUUGGAGAAGACAAAACUAUCCGUGUCUGGGAUCUGAACAAGAGGACAUCAGUUCAAUCUUUCAAGAGGGAGAAUGACAGGUUUUGGGUUAUUGCAGCUCACCCGGAAAUCAAUCUCUUUGCCGCAGGUCAUGACAAUGGUGUCAUGGUGUUCAAGUUGGAACGGGAGCGACCCGCUUAUGCAGUUCAUCAAAACCAAAUUUUCUUCAUCAACAAGGAGAAGCAUGUCAGGUCUUACGACUUUAAUACAAGCACUGAGAGCCCUUCGAUGUUGUCCUUAAAAAAAUUAGGAUCUGCUUGGGUACCACCAAGGACGUUAUCCUACAACCCUGCUGAGCGUGCAAUCUUGGUCACGUCUCCUGCAGAUGGGGGGACAUACGAGCUUAUCAACUUGCCAAAGGAUGCCUCUGGCGCUGUGGAACCUACUGAUACCAGACGUGGGACAGGGAAUUCCGCCGUAUUCGUUGCUCGUAAUAGGUUUGCUGUUUUCAACACGUCGACACAGACGAUUGAUAUCAAGGACUUGUCAAAUUCUACAACAAAGUCGAUCAAAACACCAACAACGGUGAAUGAUAUCUAUUUUGGUGGAACUGGCUGCUUACUCCUAUGCUCUCCCGCAGUUGUCAUUCUCUAUGAUAUUCAGCAGAAAAAGACGAUCGCCGAGUUAGCUGUUGCGGGCGUAAAAUAUGUUAUUUGGUCAAACGAUGGUCUUCAUGCAGCGCUUCUCUCAAAGCACAAUGUCACAAUUGUGACAAAGACCUUGGAGCAAGUAUCCUCGCUACACGAGACAAUCCGUAUAAAGAGUGCAACUUGGGAUGAUGCUGGCGUACUACUUUAUUCUACCCUAAACCACAUCAAAUAUACUCUUCUAAACGGUGAUAACGGAAUUAUCCGCACGCUGGAUGAAACUGUUUACCUUACAAAGGUCAAGGGUAGGAGUGUGUAUUGUCUUGACCGACAAGCAAAGCCGAAGGUGCUUACCAUUGAUCCGACCGAGUAUCGGUUCAAAAUGGCCUUGGUCAAGAGGAAUUACGAUGAGAUGCUACAGAUCAUCAAAAACUCUAACCUCGUCGGCCAAAGUAUCAUUUCAUACCUUCAAAAGAAGGGUUAUCCAGAAAUUGCUCUGCAAUUUGUCCAAGACCCUCAAACAAGGUUCGAGCUCGCGAUCGAAUGUGGAAACCUUGAAGUUGCCGUUGAAAUGGCCAAGGAAUUGGAUCGCCCAAAACUCUGGGGAAGACUUGGCGCCGAGGCACUCAGUCAGGGAAAUCAUCAAGUCGUCGAAAUGGCUUAUCAAAAGCUUCGGAGCUUCGAUAAGCUAUCCUUUUUGUAUCUCGUAACUGGAGACAAGGACAAGCUUAACAGAAUGGCAAAGAUUGCCCAGCAUCGAAGUGAUUAUACCUCCAUGUUUCAGAACGCCAUUUAUCUUGGAGAUGUGGAGACUAGGAUUCAGAUGUUCAAAGAGAUUGACUUAUACCCCCUUGCAUACGUGACGGCCAAAGCCCAUGGCCUAACAGAAGAAUGCGAGGCUAUUUUGGAAGCAAGCGGUCUUACUGAGGAUCAAAUUAAACUCCCUGCAAUUGGCGCACCUCUUACCCCUGCGAGGACAAUCGUUUCUACCCACGAGAAGAACUGGCCUCUACGCGCUGCCUCACAAUCAUUCUACGAAAAGGCUCUUUUGGGUCAGGUUGAAUCCAUGACUCUUGAAGACGAACCUGUGACAUCUGGUACAAAUGGUUUCGGGUUUGAGGAUGAGGCCGACGAAAGCAAGAAAUUCAGCGGUAAUUUGAUGGACGUCGACACUGAAGAAGACGGCGGUGGGUGGGAUAUGGGUGACGAGGAUCUUGGUUUGGAGGACCAUGGUGAUGAGUUUGUCAAUGUCGAGAGCGAAAUAGCAGGCGUUGGAAUGAGCGAGGCGGAGUUGUGGGCAAGGAACUCCCCAAUAGCGGCCGAUCAUGUUGCUGCUGGAUCUUUUGAGACUGCAAUGCAACUUCUCAACCGCCAGGUAGGCGCUGUCAACUUCGCGCCACUGAAGCCUAGAUUCUUGGAAAUCUAUCAAGCAAGCAAAACUUUCCUUCCAGCUAGCGCUGGCCUGCCUCCCUUAAUCAAUUACGUUCGAAGAACUGUGGAUGAGACCGAUCCUCGGAAGAUUUUGCCGAUAAUCCCUAGGGAUCUUGAGAGCAUUCGCACUUCCGAUUUGCAAAAAGGGUUUUCCGCCAUGAAGGCGAAUAAUCUCGAGGAGGGCGUACAAAUUUUCCGGAACGUUCUGCACACUUUACUCCUGACUACGGUGCAAUCCAAAUCUGAGGUAGAGGACGCGAAAAAAAUCAUCCAGACCGCGACCGAAUAUAUCAUUGCCAUGUCAAUUGAACUGGAACGUAGGAGCCUUGCAAGCGAUGAAUCUCAGGUCAAACGCAACCUCGAGUUGGCCGCGUACUUUACUAAACCUACACUUGAACUACCGCAUCGACAAAUCGCCCUCAUGUCUGCGAUGAAACUUGCCUACCAGAAGAAAAAUCAUAUUUUGGCUGCUCACUUUGCUUCGAGAAUUCUAGCGAAUAAUAGCCAGGGGAAGAACGCGGAAAACGCACGCAAAAUCAAAGCAGCCUCCGAACGUAGCGGCAGUGACGCUGUUGAAAUUGAGUACGAUCAGUUUGCAGAGUUUGACAUUUGUGCUGCAUCCUUUACACCCAUAUAUAGUGGCCAGCCAUUUGUGCAGGAUCCAUUUACAGGAGCGAAGUAUCAUCCAAGAUAUAAGGGAGAGCUUUGCAGGGUCAGCCAAGUCACUGAGAUUGGUGCACCAGCUUCUGGCCUGAGAUUGAUGGCACAGUAG